UUGGUAUCAAAGAAAGCUUACACUGCUCAAGCAAGUGGCAUCGGAAGAGCCACAGCGCUCGCAUAUGCACGAUAUGGUGCCUUGGGGCUCGUUGUCGCUGACGUCGAUGAGCCUGGUGCCCAGGAGGCAGCAAAAGAAGCCAAACAGCAAGCCACCAAUCCUGAUUUCACGGUGUAUGCGCUGUGUGUCGAUGUGAGAGAUUUUCAGAGUGUUGAAAAGGUCUUUGCGUUCGCCGUCGAUAAGUUCAAGAGAGUCGACUAUAGUGUGAACUCAGUUGGGAUUGCCUUUGCUAAAGCUUUCAUCGCUGAUAACUCCUUGGACCUGUACGACAACACGCAAAACAUAAACACCAAGGGCGUUCUUUACCACACCAAGGCAGCCGUGGAGGUCAUGCUUAAGCAGGAUCCUGUUGUCAUCCAGGGCCACGACAGGGUCCGUACGAUUGGUCGAGGAUCCAUUGUUAACGUGUGCUCCGAUGCGUCCAUCAUUGCCACGCCGAGUCAGGUCGAGUACAACGCUUCCAAAUUCGCGGCACUCGCCAUAACGAAAACUGCAGCCAACGAGUACGGUGCAUCUCAGAUCCGAAUCAAUGCCCUUUGCCCCGGGCCCAUCGAGACGCCGCUUCUUGAACGAUAUGUGGCCGCGAACCCCGCCAUUAGAGAUAAACUCGCGGUAGGAACCACCUUGGGUCGCGUAGGAGAUGUUGAUGAAGUCGCAGACAGUAUUUUGUUCCUGACCAGUACUGCUGGGAGUUUUGUUCACGGCAGCACAGUUGUUGUCGAUGGCGGUCUUGCGAACAAUGUUCCGGGGCUCUGA